AUGAAUGGCCUCUCUAUCACCUCGUUUAUAGCCAAUCUACCCAAAGUCGAAUUGCAUGUUCACAUUGAAGGAACUCUCACUCCAGCUCUACGCUGGGAUCUAGCCCACCGCAACAACAUCACAUUGCCCUACCCCACCUUUGAAGACUUGAAAGCCUCUUAUGCCGUAACCCUCAACCACCGACCAGAGCUCAAUGGCCGCCAACCCGGUGUUCCAACCUUCCUAGAGGCUUAUUUUGCAGGAUGCGAAGUUCUGCGCACAGAAGCCGACUUCUAUGAUCUAGCAAUGGCCUACCUGCAUCGCUGCGCAGACAUGAAUGUCCGCUACACAGAGCCGUUUUUCGACAUCCAAGCGCAUACUCGCCGUGGGGUCCCCGCAUCUGCAGUUUUGAAUGGCUACCUGCGCGCGCAACAUGAUGCCGCCACACAGCUGAAUGUGCAUUCGCGCUGGAUCUUGUGCUUCUUACGCGAUGAGCCAGUGGAACAAGGCCUUGAUGCGUACCGUGAGGCAAGACCGUGGGCAGCUGGGACUGUCGAUGGUGGAAAGGGUCUUUUCCAUGCCGUUGGAUUGGCUAGUAAUGCCUACGAGCGACCGCCGAUGCUUUUUGAAGAGGGAUUUGAGCUGGCGCGCGCUGAUGGCCUGCAUGUUACUAUGCAUUGUGACUUUGGACAAAAAGAUACACAUGAGCAUUUGGAGGAGGCUAUCUACCGGGUGUGUGAUGGAGUUGGCUCGGAGCGUAUUGAUCAUGGGUUGGAUGCCGAGGACAAGGAGGAAUUGUGGCGGGGUCUAGUAGAUAGGCAGAUUGGAUUGACUUUGUGUCCUCAUGCCUAUCACCGGCGAACAGCAACCGAGGUCUUAUUCUCUAAGAUUCGGAGGUUGUGGGAGAAGGGUGUGAAAAUUUGCUUUAAUAGUGAUGAUCCGACUUUGAUGCACGAUGUUUGGAUCGAUGGGAAUAUGCAGAAGGUUUAUACUUACUGUGGGUUUAGCAAAAUCGAAAUGGUGCAGUUUGCAAGGAAUGCGGUGGAUAUGUGCUGGGCAGAAGAGCCUAUCAAGAGUAUUAUUUACCAGGAAUUAGAUGACCUAGAUAUUCAAGAAUGA